AUGCAAUUUGCCAAAAAUGGUGUCAUUUCUGGGGUCUUGGGAUUGAGCCUGUCACCAGAUUCACUAGUCUCUCAGACGCUUGAUGAAGACUACCAACGAUUCUCUUAUUGCUUGAUUCCUUUUGAUGAAACCAUCAUCAUGACUCCUAGUCUUCUAAGAUUUGGUUCUGACAUUCCCUUACCGCCGACAAACAUUCAGACAACCCCAUUUGUCAAACCACCGUCCGGGACAAAUUAUUACCUUUUGAAUUUACAGGAUGUAAGUGUUGGCUUCCAUCGACUAGGGUUUCCACCAGAUACCUUCAAACCCAAGCAAGAUGGCACAGGUGGUUGUAUUAUAGACUUAGGAGCUUUGAUCUCUAGACUUGAUCAGAAUACCAUUAAUGGGCACAAUGCUUACAGGGAGGUGAUGGGUGCAUUUCAGAAUCAUUAUGAUUCUUUCAAGCUUCAGAGAAUUGGAAAAGUGGCAGAGGGUCUUGAACUUUGUUACAAGUACACACAGGAUUUAAAGGAGUUUGCCACAAUGACGUACCACUUUGAAGGAGCAGACUACACUGUAGAUUCAAAGUACGUGAAUUUUUAUGAGACUCAGGCAGGGUAUUUUUGUGUAGCACUGUUGCCAGGAAAUGGAAAAAGUUUACUUGGAGUAUAUAUGGCAUCAACAAAAUAUGCGCAUUAUUUAUGA